AUGCAGCGCGCCAACGCCGGGUUCAUCCAGGCGCGGGACGCCUCGCGCGCCGCCGGCGGGGAUGCCGCACCGCCGUCCGCGGGGGUCGGGUUCGAGGCGGCGCGAGAGAUCUUCCGGCUCGCGGGCCACUUUCACAACAGGGCCCUGCAGUACUUCCUGCUCGACGGCUGGGUCACGGAGCACGUGCGGAUACUGCAAGAGGUCUCUGCGACGUACAAGACGAUGUAUUUCUGGGAAGCGGACCCGAAGCGGACCGCCGCCAUGAUGAAGCGCCGCGUGCAAAUGCUCACCCCGCUCGUCGAGGCACUCAACCCGAAGGUCUACCCGGCCUUCUGCAGGCAGCUCUGCUUCGAGGCCGCGGAGGUGUACCAGGAGCUGUACGAGCUGAAGGCCAACUCAGUAUAUGUUUAUGACGCUUUUGUUUCCGGGGCCCGCCUCGGCGACCGCGGCGACGAGCCACUGGGCGGCGACGUCAGGCGGGCCGCGCGCUGCAACGAGCUGGCGCGGAAGUCGCUGCAGUACUACGGCACGUUCGUCGACAGCUUCCACCUCGACGGGAAGGUUCCAGACCGCAUCGAGAAAGACUCUUGCCGGGCGUACCUCACUGCGAGGCUUAACCGCGCGAGGUUGCGGACCAAGAUGCACGGCCUCGGCCGCGACGAGAGCGUGAGAGAGCACAGGGAGGCGCUGCGAGAGUACGAGUGGAUCCUGGACUACGGCGCCCGGCACGCGGAGGUGACGAGCCCAGACAUCGGAAUGGCGCAGGAGCUGCAGCUGUGCCGGGAGAUGGCCGAGAUGAUGCCCUCCAAGUUGGACCGCAUGGCGGCCGGGCGGCCCAUCUGA